CCGGCGCAUUGGCUCUGUCAGGAGCGAGCGCAUCCUCGUGCCCGCCGCCGGUCUCUUUCCUCCGUCGCUGUCGCCGCCGCCGCCGCCGCCGCCGCGGCCGCCUAGUCCCCGCCGCUGCUGCCGCCCCCGCCCCCGGGGCAUGGCCUGUUUGAUGGCCGCUUUCUCGGUCGGCACCGCCAUGAAUGCCAGCAGUUACACUGCAGCGAUGACGGAGCCCAAGUCGGUGUGCGUCUCGGUGGACGAGGUGGUCUCCGGCAACCUGGAGACCACCGAGAAGGACCUGCUCAACGGGCACCUGAAAAAAGUGGACAACAACCUCACGGAGGCCCAGCGGUUGUCCUCCUUGCCUCGGAGGGCGGCUGUCAACAUUGAAUUCAAGGACCUUUCGUAUUCCGUUCCGGAGGGACCGUGGUGGAGGAAAAAAGGGUACAAGACCCUCCUGAAAGGCAUUUCCGGGAAAUUCAACAGUGGGGAGCUGGUGGCCAUCAUGGGCCCUUCUGGGGCCGGGAAGUCCACGCUCAUGAACAUCCUGGCCGGGUACAGGGAGACCGGCAUGAAGGGAGCCAUCCUCAUCAAUGGCAUGCCGCGGGACCUGCGCUGCUUCCGGAAGGUGUCCUGCUACAUCAUGCAGGACGACAUGCUGCUGCCGCACCUCACCGUGCAGGAAGCCAUGAUGGUGUCCGCACAUCUGAAGCUGCAGGAGAAAGACGAAGGCAGAAGGGAGAUGGUCAAGGAGAUCCUGACGGCUCUGGGCCUGCUGUCUUGUGCCAACACGCGGACCGGAAGCCUCUCGGGCGGGCAGCGCAAGCGCCUGGCCAUCGCGCUGGAGCUGGUGAACAACCCUCCCGUCAUGUUCUUCGACGAGCCAACCAGUGGCCUGGACAGCGCCUCCUGCUUCCAGGUGGUGUCCCUGAUGAAAGGGCUGGCUCAAGGAGGACGGUCCAUCAUCUGCACCAUCCACCAGCCCAGCGCCAAGCUCUUCGAGCUGUUCGACCAGCUGUAUGUCCUCAGUCAAGGACAAUGCGUGUACCGGGGGAAAGUCUCCAAUCUUGUACCAUACCUGAGGGAUUUGGGUCUGAACUGCCCCACCUACCACAACCCAGCCGACUUUAUCAUGGAGGUGGCGUCCGGCGAGUACGGCGAUCAGAACGGGCGCCUGGUGAGAGCCGUCCGCGAGGGCGUGUGCGACUCGGACUACCGGAAAGAGCCUGUGGGGGAUGCCGAGGUGAACCCUUUCCUUUGGCACCGGCCCUCUGAAGAGGUAAAGCAGGCAAAACGAUUGAAGGGGCCGAGAAAGGACUCCACGUCCACGGAGGGCUGUCACAGCUUCUCCGCCAGCUGCCUCACGCAGUUCUGCAUCCUCUUCAAAAGGACGUUCCUGAGCAUCAUGAGGGACUCGGUCUUGACACACCUGCGGAUCACCUCACACAUCGGCAUCGGCCUCCUCAUCGGCCUGCUCUACCUGGGCAUCGGAAAUGAAGCCAAGAAGGUCCUGAGUAACUCCGGCUUCCUCUUCUUCUCCAUGCUCUUCCUCAUGUUCGCGGCCCUCAUGCCCACCGUGCUCACGUUUCCCCUGGAGAUGGGAGUGUUUCUCCGGGAACACCUGAACUACUGGUACAGCCUGAAGGCCUACUACCUGGCCAAGACCAUGGCCGACGUCCCCUUCCAGAUCAUGUUCCCGGUGGCCUACUGCAGCAUCGUGUACUGGAUGACAUCGCAGCCGUCCGACGCCGUGCGGUUCGUCCUGUUCGCCGCCCUGGGCACCAUGACCUCGCUGGUGGCGCAGUCCCUGGGCCUCCUCAUCGGAGCCGCCUCCACGUCCCUGCAGGUGGCCACCUUCGUGGGCCCCGUGACGGCCAUCCCCGUCCUCCUCUUCUCCGGGUUUUUCGUCAGCUUCGACACCAUCCCCACCUACCUGCAAUGGAUGUCCUACAUCUCCUACGUCAGGUACGGCUUUGAAGGGGUCAUCCUGUCCAUCUACGGCCUGGACCGCGAGGACCUGCACUGCGACAUCGACGAGACCUGCCACUUCCAGAAGUCGGAGGCCAUCCUGCGGGAGCUGGACGUGGAGAACGCCAAGCUCUACCUGGACUUCAUCGUGCUGGGCAUCUUCUUCAUCUCGCUGCGCCUCAUCGCCUACUUCGUCCUGAGGUACAAGAUCCGGGCCGAGAGGUAGAGCGCCGGGACGCCGCCGGAAGAGAGGAAACAUGGACACAGCCGCCCGGGGCAACCUAUAGGACCGCGGCGGCGGCCGGCCUGUGCCCGAGGACGCAGGGACGACUGUGACCCAACCCCCGGCCACCGCGUCUGGUCCGUGGGUGCCAAGCGUCCGACGGCUCCGCCCGGUGGGGCCGGGCCUUGUCUCCAUCACCCUUUCCAGCUUAAACUAGGAAGACGAUGUAGAAAGGAUAAUCUCCACACGCAGAAUCUCAGACUUCCAGAGCUGGGGCAGAGCUGACGCCUGCAACCCGGCCGGUGGCAGGAGGCCCCCUCGGCGACGUUCUUCCUCACGACCAGGUCGCCCUGGCCCCAGCCAGGGGGGAGGCAGGCGGCCCCUCCGCUGGGCACCGCGCAGUCGCGUCCUGGGGGGAGAACGGCAGAGAGAAAAGUGGCCCCGUUUUAUGACUUGUUUUUUUUUUUCGUAGUUUCCGUCUUUCUACAGUUUGUCUCUUUUUGCAACGAGGAGUCGUUUUUCCAAGCCAAAAGUCGAUGAAUUGCGUUCCUAUUUAAGAAACUGUAUCUUUCUAGUACUUGUUGAAGAGCGUUGUUCAGGGUGAGCUGGCCUCAUGGGUGAACUUGGGGAGAGUGCCCACGCGGGUUCCAGGUUGAGAGGAGACUUUGGAGCGGUGCGACGCACGGCGCCGUGCGGAAAUUUUGAAAAGUCAAACGAAAAGUUAGGCGAAAUUGGCCAAGUCUUUUCAAGUAUUUUAUUUUCCCUUUGCUUCUUAUUUUAAGCAAAAUAUAUUGUUUCUUCUUAACUUUCUGAGCACCUUAAUUUUGCUAAAAAAAAAAAAAAUUCUAGAAGGUCCGCCCUGUUGCGUUUUUACAGCCAUUUCCUUUGUCCUUGUUGAUCACAUCAACUACCUCCACUGAACCUGGGAACGCCGGCUGGGGGGGCGUGUUCAGGUGUGGGCGUUGAGGGGGCCCAGGUGCAGCCAUGAAAGGUGAGCUGACCGCACGAGAUGGGACCUGCCGAGACCUCAUUAGGACCCAAGGCCCGAGCAGGAGCCCGGGGGGCUCUCGGUGCGGGCCGAGGUGUCUGCAGCUCGCCAGACAGGCCGUGGGCAAGUGCCCCUCCAGAGGCCGGUUGUUGCGGUGUCUCAGCCAAACCACCUUCUCAGUGUCGGCCUUGUGCAGGCCUCGCAGGCCGAGACCCCUUCUUCCCGGGGGCGUGACCUCGGGAGCCACUCUCUCUAGGGCAGGAGCAGCAGCGUGAGCAGGGUGAGCAGCCUCUGACUGCCUCCCGGGGCCCCGCACGCCUGCCCGCUGUCAGAGGCGGUGUGCCCACAGGCAGGAGGGGGCUCCGGCCCCAGAGGACCACCUGAGGGCAAGUGGGACUGCUCUCCCUGCUUGAGCACAUCGCUGCCCCGGGACCGGGGCCCCCUAAUGCAAGGCUGUGUGUCUGUGGGCGAAUUCACACCCUCUCUGGCCCUUGGCUUCCUCUUCAGUGAACGGAGGCACCAGCUGGUCUCAAGGCCAUUUCUGCUCUAAGGGAUUCCUCGGUUCCGUUCCCAACACUCUUCGUUCCUACUUCGGAGAACAAAAGGAGUUCCAUUUUCACUCGCCCACAGAUUCAAUCUGCCAGUUCUUAGAGGUCGACUUUUCAGCCUCAGGCCCUUUUUAGCAGACACCAUCGAGGUGUAUUACAAUGUAAGUUUAGGUUUGCUUGUCCCACACGAAUGCGGCAUUGCCUCCCAGGCUGUGUUAUAUGUGACCAGGGUCAGACUUAGCCUUUGUGAAACGUCGUCUGUCAAUUCCAAGGUGGGCUUGAUUGUAGGACGUCACACAUAGACCCACGUAGGAACAGCCUAGCACAUGCAGAGCUGGGGAGAGGAGAGAAUCACCCAGCAUGCUUCAGCAUCGCAUCAGGUGAGGUCAGUGUUUAGGGACCCACCCCCCGCCCCACCGAUGCCAGGCGAGCCCUUCUGGUGGCGGCUCCGUGUCCCGACUCAGAACGUGCAGGCCAGGCACUGCCCCAGUGGGGUCGGCCGUCCCCAUGGCAGGGCGGCUGCAUCCCAUUCCCCGAGCCCUCGGCGUUGCGUCUCAGCAACUUCGGAAGGAAACCGAGAGACUCCUUUAGCUGUAAAAUCUCCACUCCUGAGCCCGCGGAAGGGGUUUUUUCCAUAAGGGGCUCAUGCUCCCUGAAUCUCGGCUUCUCACUGUUGGCGGAGGACAGUCAUCCCUUUGCAGAUGAGGCACCAACGGAGGCCGCCCCCACCCAGGGGCGGAUCUUUGGGACGGGACGGCUGUCGGUCCGCUAGAAGGGAAACCCGCGGGCAGAGUAACCCAGGGCUACCUUUAAAGGAUGCUAAGUGGGGUGUAGCAAGUGCACUAAGCCAGCACCCCGGGACAGUUUGCCUGGGGAGACCGACAGCCCUGUUGACUGAGGAAGUGUCACCGCUGGGAUGCUGCCUUCACCCCAAUGUAACUGUCAGCGGGUACCCCCUGCUUCUACAAUCUCAUUGGAAACCCCUACCAGCUUUUACUGCAAUGCAGCCGUUCUGUUUGGAUCUCCAGGUACUUGCCCUCUGCUUUUGUUCCAGGCUAGUUUGAGAACACACCUGAUUCCACUGGCUGCAGAUAGCCUCCAAGCCACCCGCUGAUGGAUUUUUCUAAAUGGCUGCAGUUAGGAGGCAGGUGGGGAUGGGCCGGCCAGCUUCCCAGACCCGAGGCUUCUCCAUGGUUUCUGAGUGCGGGGGUGCAAACACUCCUUGCACCGCUGACCGGGUCUCGAUUUAGAGAAGGAGGAGCCCCCCAGGUACACGAUGAGCUGCUCCCCCGGAGGUGGGCAGAGCAGAGGUGGGAGCUUGGGGAAUUUUGCUGUCAAAUGAGACUCGUCAGGAGAGAAAGGGGCCCUUGGGAUUCUAGCCACUGUCCUGGCCCCAGGACGGCGUCAGGGGGGCCCCUCGCCUCUGUCCCCAUGGAGAGCACACCUGCCCCCUCUGUUACGCUCACUGAACAUCGGCUAGAGCAUGAAAUUCUUCCAAAGUUGCUGCGGGUGGAGCAGGGAGCUCGCCCCAGAAGAUGCUGGAGUCAGAGUAUGUCGCCUUGGGGGAGGGGCCUUCAGGACCAGGAAGUGACGUGGACUGACCGGCUUUUAGGCAGAAACCCCUCCCCAGGAAGGCCGGCUUCCCACCCCGAGUAAGGCAGGGCCGGGCAGGCAGGGACUGGCGACAUCCACAAGGUCAAAGCCACUUCGGUCGUGUCCCUGAGAAAAACUUGAGCCCCAAUGGAUUCAGCAUCUUUCUUGGCCACGUGUUCCGGGCACCACGCUGAUGCCUUAUGAGUUCCUCUUGUUUGUCUACUCGGCCAACGCGGACUGUCCGUCCCCGAGCUCGGUGCUUGCCCAGGUGCUGGGCUCUGGGAGGGAGCUCAGACGAUGUGGGCCAGCCCUCCCGCCCCCCAGGGCAGAGAGGUGGGCAGGGAUCCAUGACCAUGUCACUCUGCUCAUUCAGGAGACGCAGGACACCGGGGCUGGCAGAGGGGCAGCAGGGUCCCCGGUCCCAGGGCCAGGAAAGAGCGGAUUUGGAAUUCGAUCCCCAGUCUGACCCCAAAGUCUCUCUCUUCUUCUUUUUUUUUUUUUUUUGCUUUGCCACAUUGCCCCCUAUGCACAGUAUACAAGCGUAGGUGACAGCACUUUGUAUAAAAUGCAAUGCUAGCUUAGUGGCCAUUCACCCCGGAAUUCUAGCUCCCACCGGGUAGCCGAGAUGGGAGGGGGGCCAUGCCUCUCCCCUUCAGGUGCCUUGCCAAGGGGUGCCACCUGUGGAUGAGCGUGGGCAGAGAGCUGGAGUGUGUGUGUGUGUGUACACACAUGUGCACACGUGCAGGCUUGUGCUAGGUUGUGUGUGAUAGCAUAUCCCUUUGUCUGCGAGUCCUCGGCCAUCCUGCACUCUGAAGAAAAGGGAGGGAAAACCCCCCCACUUCAUGCCUGCCGCGCAGACAGUUAAGCGCACAGUCAGGCCCACCGAGGUGCCCUGCACGCCCGCUGAGCUGCAACGCGACAAAAACUAAAGUGAAACCGCUCCAAGUGGGGGAGGGAUUGCAGAAUGUAUGACUAUACAGUUAGAUACUUUUGAGAAAUGACGACUGCUAAUAAAGUAUUUUAUAUACAGC